ACCAUCGGAGCCUAUUUGCACCCAGUGCUCAUGUCUGAAGCCCCGUGGAACACCAGGGCCAAGCGGGAGAAACUGACGGAGCUCAUGUUUGAACAUUAUGGCAUCCCGGCCUUCUUCCUCUGCAAGACGGCCGUGCUCACGGCCUUUGCCAACGGCCGCAGCACCGGCCUCGUCCUGGACAGCGGGGCCACCCACACCACGGCCAUCCCCGUCCACGACGGGUACAUCCUCCAGCAAGGAAUCGUGAAAUCCCCGCUGGCUGGAGACUUCAUUUCCAUGCAAUGCCGCGAACUCUUCCAAGAGAUGAAUAUCGAGAUUAUCCCACCUUAUAUGAUCGCUGCCAAGGAGGCUGUCCGAGAAGGAGCACCCCCAAACUGGAAGAAGAAGGAGAAGCUGCCCCAGGUCACCAAGUCCUGGCACAACUACACCUGUAACGAGGUUAUCCAGGACUUCCAGGCCUCUGUGCUGCAAGUGUCAGACUCUCCCUACGACGAACAGGUAGCUGCCCAGAUGCCCACCGUCCACUACGAAAUGCCCAAUGGCUACAACACGGACUACGGGGCGGAGCGGCUCCGGAUCCCCGAAGGUCUCUUUGACCCCUCCAACGUGAAGGGCCUGUCCGGGAACACCAUGCUGGGGGUCGGCCACGUGGUCACGACGAGCAUCGGCAUGUGCGACAUCGAUAUCCGUCCGGGUCUGUAUGGCAGCGUCAUUGUCACUGGAGGAAACACUCUGCUACAAGGCUUUACGGACCGGCUGAACCGGGAACUCUCUCAGAAAACGCCGCCAAGCAUGCGCCUGAAGCUCAUUGCCAGCAACAGCACCAUGGAAAGGAGGUUCAGUCCCUGGAUCGGCGGCUCCAUCUUGGCAUCUCUAGGCACCUUCCAGCAGAUGUGGAUCUCCAAGCAAGAAUACGAGGAAGGAGGCAAGCAAUGUGUGGAGAGGAAGUGCCCCUGAUGCGAAAAACACGUGCUCCUUGCUAUCCCCUUUCUGGAAAAACAGACACUCCAUGGACCCCCCGUGUCACCCUGGCUUUGCUUUCCGUCCCAAGAGCUCUGCUUGACCCACAUCCAA